CUCUCUCUCUCUCUCUCUCUUGAGUUCAACUCCCCGCUGCAUACUAAAACACACACACACACACACACACACACACGUACAAUUGACUGACAACACACGUCUAAGUCACACAGACCUUCAGCUUAUGUGGAAAUACGGAACAUGUUCAAGGCCGAUGUGAUCUAUACUGAAGAAAAAGUAUAUCCAAACACAGGUUCACAUUCUCCACCCAGGAAACACAGCUGACUGGAAAAUAAGAAACGUCAAGCAUGUGCCUGAACAGUCCUGAAAAGAAGAAGUAGCAGGAGUUUCAAAUGGAGUUUUUACGUCAGUACUUCUGGACAGUAUUACUUCUGGCCAUCAUUCUGUUUUCUCUGGUGAUAAUAAUCAUUUUCGUAUUCAUCAAUGUUUGCAUCAGUAAUAGAGCUGCUUGGUACAGUACACAAGCAAGACCAAAUCAUUACCAAGACACACAUAUUAAAAACCUGAACAACCAAGUUCAUCACAAAGACCUUGAGAAUGAGAAACCACCCUUACCUUCCAGGGACCAGUUCAAAACCAUGCAUUCUGUAGAUCAGAGUAAUGAGGAUUUGGAGCCCGCGUCAGACUAUGAGGAGAUUGAGGAUGUGUCAAAUCCUCCUGCGCCCCAACAACCCACCUUCACUCCACAGUACACCGCCGUCGAGACUAAAAGUCAAGACCAAGACACUGUCUCUGAGGAUUAUGAUGAUGCUGUAAUCCCUGCUAACGAGGACAGUGAGGAUUAUGAUGAUAUCAUAGUUUGAAAGACAGGAAAACAAUUACUUUCCCUUCAACUGGACACAUGAGCGGAUCCAGAAAUCAACUAUAUGUUUCCUACAAACUACUGUUGUACAUUAUUUGAGCAAAAACAAGUUCUAAAAGCAUGUAAACUAAUACAAGUUUGUUUACUUUUAUAUAAACCAAUCUUUCACUUCCCACUGUUAGAAAUGCAAUAAAUCUUCCAAAAAUAUCA